GACAAAAAGUCUACGCUCGGUUCUUCUUCCUCCGAAAACCCCCAAACCCAUCCCAGCAUCCUCAGUCUCCAUCUCACUGUGUGGUAGUUGCGGAUUUUGUUUUCGCCGUCAAUGGCGGCGCCGGAGAGCUCACCGCCUUCAUCUCUACGUAAUGCGUUCGGUUUCGUCUUCUCGUUCUUCAUUCUGGUGUUGAUCGGCGUUCUUGCAUUCUCGAUCCGUCUCUUCUCGGUGAUUAAAUAUGAGAGUGUGAUCCACGAAUUUGAUCCUUAUUUCAACUACAGAGUCACUCAGUACCUCACAAAGAAUGGGAUAUAUGACUUCUGGAAUUGGUUUGAUGACCGGACCUGGUACCCUCUUGGGCGUGUCAUUGGCGGAACUGUUUAUCCUGGACUAACUUUAACAGCAGGCACCUUGUGGUGGCUAUUGAAUUCUCUAAAUAUUCCUUUGUCUGUGGAAACUGUAUGUGUAUUUACGGCCCCAAUAUUCUCAGCUUUUGCUUCUUGGGCAACUUUUCUUUUGACAAAGGAAGUGAAGGGCACUGGUGCUGGAUUGACUGCUGCAGCUCUCUUAGCUAUGGUUCCAUCUUACAUAUCUCGAUCUGUUGCUGGUAGCUACGACAAUGAAGCCGUAGCUAUAUUUGCUUUGAUAUUCACUUUCUACCUCUACAUAAAGACCUUAAACACUGGAUCGCUGUUCUAUGCAACUCUAAAUUCAAUAGCCUACUUUUACAUGGUUUGUUCUUGGGGAGGAUACACCUUCAUUAUUAAUCUCAUCCCUAUGCACGUGCUGCUAUGCAUUGUUACUGGCCGCUAUUCUUCUCGACUGUACAUAGCAUAUGCUCCACUUGUUGUUUUGGGAACGUUGUUGGCUGCUCUGGUCCCUGUUGUAGGCUUCAAUGCUGUCAUGACUUCAGAGCACUUUGCCUCAUUCCUGGUUUUUAUUAUCAUCCAUGUUGUGGCUCUUGUUUCUUACAUUAAGGGGAUUCUUUCACCAAAAAUGUUCAAAGUAGCUGUUACGCUUGUCAUUUCGGUUGGUCUGGUGAUUUGCGUAGCUGUUCUGGCUGUCCUUAUUGCAUUGGUGGCUUCCAGCCCAACAAAGGGAUGGAGUGGACGCAGUCUGAGUCUUCUUGAUCCAACUUAUGCAAGUAAAUAUAUUCCAAUAAUUGCGAGUGUCAGUGAGCAUCAACCGCCUACUUGGCCUUCUUACUUCAUGGACAUCAAUGUUUUGGCAUUCUUGGUUCCAGCUGGCAUUAUUGCGUGCUUUUUACCACUAUCUGAUGCCAGCUCCUUUGUGGUCCUUUACAUAGUAACAUCAGUGUAUUUUUCAGGUGUCAUGGUCCGACUAAUGCUUGUUCUUGCUCCGGCAGCAUGCAUAAUGUCUGGAAUUGCUCUUUCAGGAGCUUUUGAUGCUUUAACUGGUUCAAUAAAAUUUCAGUUGCUAGAUACAUCAGAAACUCCGUCAUCCGAUGCAGGGGAUGCAACUUCUGAAGGCGUUGUCGUAGAAAACAAUGGACCUAAGGCAGAUAAAACUGAAGACACGUUGAAGGAACGGACUUCAAAGAAAAACAAGAAAAAAGAGAAGGAGAAGGAGAAGGAGAAGGAAACUUCUGAGGUUUCCUCUAGUAGAUCUUCAAAACCCCGGGGAAAGAAAAGGCUUCUUCUGUUGCCUAUAGAAGCUUCAGUUAUUGCUACUUUCUUGCUGGUGUUAUUGGUUGCCUUUUACGUGGUUCAUUGUGUUUGGGCGGCAGCAGAAGCAUAUUCGGCACCCUCUAUAGUCCUGACAUCUCAGUCGCAUGAUGGUCUUCAUGUCUUUGAUGAUUUCAGAGAGGCUUAUGCAUGGCUGAGCCAUAAUACGGAGGUUGAUGACAAGGUGGCAUCUUGGUGGGAUUAUGGUUACCAGACCACUGCAAUGGCAAAUCGCACGGUUAUUGUUGACAAUAACACUUGGAAUAACACACAUAUUGCAACUGUCGGCACUGCCAUGUCAUCUCCAGAAAAGGCAGCUUGGGAAAUUUUCAACUCUUUAGAUGUAAAAUAUGUCCUUGUUGUCUUUGGAGGUCUCGUUGGCUACCCUAGUGAUGAUAUCAAUAAAUUCCUGUGGAUGGUUCGGAUAGGAGGGGGUGUAUUCCCUCACAUCAAGGAACCAGAUUAUCUGAGAGAGGGUCAAUAUCGGAUUGAUUCUCAGGCCACACCAACCAUGCUAAAUUGUCUCAUGUACAAGCUUUCAUAUUAUAGAUUUGUGGAGACUGACGGGAAAGCCUUUGAUAGAGUAAGGCGCACUGAAAUCGGAAAGAAAUACUUCAAACUUACCCAUUUUGAGGAGGUAUUCACAACUCAUCACUGGAUGGUGCGUAUAUACAAACUGAAACCUCCAAGGAACAGGAUCCGAGGAAAGACAAAGAAAUCAAAAACAAAGUCUAGCUCAACAACCAGCUCAAAAAGUAGCAGAAAAGGAAAGAAGAAUCCUUGGCAUUAGAAGCAUUAUAUGGCUACUAAUCUCACGGCCUUCUGUUGUAACCCAGAAAUAGUUGUUUUACUUGAGCAUCUCUCCAGAGAUUGUACGGCAGGUGUUCACCUACUUAGGAUAGGAAUGAGAGAAAUGAAAGAUUUUGUAGCGUCAUUGUAUCACAUUACGGUAGAAGCGGUUUAACUUGGUCACUGGUGAUCGAUAAGAAUUUUUCCUUUGCUUAUAGUGAAUGAAGAAAGAAGCAGAUUUUAAAGCUAUUGCAACUAGUUACGUUAACAGAAAUCUUCUAUCAUACCCCAUCCCGGCUAUCAUAUAGGGGGAGGUCAGAAUUUAAAAAUGACUUCACUCAAAGUAAAUGAAUAUAUAGAUUAACCGGUAAUAACCCGUGAAGAGUGUCAAUUAGCUAUCCCCAGACUUUUUCUGUUCCCCAACCUAAACACUAUCAAUCAGGUCUAUAUAUAUGCCAGAUCCUCCAUAAAUACACUGUACAACUACAAGAUGAACAUGUUGCAACUCUAUGAAGUCAGUAAACGUCCACUACCUGUAAAUAUCCAACGAACUGCAAAUGCUAGUAUUUACCACUUAGCAAAGCCAUGGCAUCCAAGCUUUUAUAGCUUCUUUGGAAGAUGAUAGUUCUUCUUUAAGAACUUCGAGGCUAUCUCAUCGCUCCGGUGGCACAAGACUCGAAGAACUGUAUCCGGUUCAGUAGGACCCCAUUGGCCUGAAGAUGGAGGUAAAGGAAGCUUUGAUUUAUCUGAACCUCCAUAUCUGUCCAGAACCACCCGUUUGAAUUGCUCAAUAAGUUUUACUGUAUCAAUAUGGAAGAGUGGAAGGACAGCCUUAACCGUGUUUGAAUAGUUCUCUAUCAGAUCAAUUGGUAAUCCAUCCCCCUCCGACCAGAAUAGAUCCAUAAGCAACUUAAAAUCUUGUUCAAAGACUGCUGCAUCUAGCAGACUGAAACCACGGGAAGGGCCUCCAGCAAGCAACACCAACAAGAACCCAUCAAAAGAAGCUCUCAUUAUUUGUGUUAUUACACGUGUCCGGACUCUGUCAUGAACUGUAGCCGAUACGAUUUCUAAAUUUUGCUCCAGCUCUUGAAGAAAUGGUUCAAUCCUGGACGACAGAACAUCACCUACAUACAGGUAAUCCCACAGAACAUGACUCAGAUCCUGAAAGACGAUUCUAUAAGCAGUUGCUUCAGAGAGUUGAUGAAUUCCCUCCACACAAGCUGCCGCUGAAAACUCAAACAGUUUUCCUGAUUCAGUAGUUUGAAUGACAUCUUGAACAUAGCCAGCAUUUCUCAAAUUUGAAGUUAUCCUCUUUUCCAGGACUUCCAACUCCUUCCGAAUGAGAUGCAUGGUAUUUAUGCGAACACAUAAUCUUGGAAUAUCGUAGGAAUUAUCCACUUCAGUAGUGUAAGCCUGAGAUUUGCUUCCUUGUACCAUAGAUGACCUUUCUUUUUUCUUAAACAUGCCGAACUUGGAACCAAUAUCACAUCUUGUCAAAGGAGGGAGGAUGGGAAGAAAUUUAUCUUUAGAUCCUGCAGAUCACACCAUUAAAUUAAAGUCCUGUAGUAUAUACUAAAGCAGAAAGAGCUUCUAAGCUAGAUUCAUUUACCACAGCCAGAUUUUAUCUUCACUAUGUAAUUCUGAAGGCAUCUAUCUAGACCAUUCGUCAAAUCUGGAAUCAAAACUUGAUGCAUUGCUAUCGGCAGCAGAAAGAAUGCAUCCAAAGUUUCAUCAGUAACACGAAGAACUUCCACUGCAGACGGAGCAAAUCGUUCUUUGUUUGCAUGAGGGUUCCAG